CAAGUAAGUAGCAUAUAACUUGUUUCCCAAUUUCUUCCUCAUCCUUUCCGCUGCAGCCGUCAUCAUCUCUGAGAGAACAACAAAGUUUUUAUUUCGGAAGUUAAAAGCAUUUAAAGACACAACAUGUCAGGUGAUGAGGCUGCUGCUCCCGUUGUUGUUCCUCCCGUUGCUGAGCCAGCGGCAAUCCCAGAGGACAUGGACCUGUUGACUGCAUUGGAGUUGACUCUAAGGAAAGCUCGUGCUCAUGGCGGUGUUGUCCGUGGUCUCCAUGAGAGCGCUAAGCUUAUUGAGAAGCGUGUUGCUCAGCUCUGUGUCUUGGCUGAAGACUGCAACCAGCCUGACUACGUCAAGCUUGUUAAGGCUCUCUGCGCUGAUCACAGCAUCAACUUGCUUACUGUUCCAAGCGCCAAGACCCUCGGCGAGUGGGCUGGUCUCUGCAAGAUUGACUCUGAGGGUAAUGCCAGGAAGGUUGUUGGUUGCUCAUGCCUUGUAGUCAAGGACUACGGUGAGGAUACAACUGCCCUCAAUAUCGUCAAGAAGCACAUUGAAUCUAACUAAGUUUAAGAAGCAUUCUCCAAUGUUUUUCCAUCUCAAUGCUGUUUUAUCUUGGUUUUGAUAUUUUAGCAGACACCUCUCUGAGAUUUGUUUGGAACAUGAUCAAGUUUUGCUGUUAUCUAUAUUCUACUCUUCCAAAGCCCAA